AUGGGAGCAGAAUCAACCUCAAGGCUUACUAGACAGCCCAACGGUCUGCAGCACACACCACCCACCAGCACCACCACGACACAACUGUUGACGAGAACUCUUACAAUUAUCCACGUCUCCAAGAAGGCUGAGAAGAGGAGUAAAGUGACCUACUGUUCUCCUCUGCCCGCUUAUCGGUGUUACCUCCACCAGAGGGCAGACAAAAGGAAGACGCAGCUGGGAAACAAAAUUGACAACCUGAUAGCUUCCAGAGAAGCUAAACAUCCCGAAUCACCGCUAUUUUCGGGGCAACCACGAGCUCGCGCUCUGAGGCCCCCGGAGGAGCCUCGGGGCGCGGGGAGGAAGCUGGGGGUCUGGAAGCCAGGGACUAACGGGCCGCCUCCUCGCUUCCCCGAGCGAGCGGUCCCGGCCGCCCAGGAAGUGCCCGAGGCGGCGCCCGAGGGGCUGGACCCCGCGCGGGAGCGGAGCGCCACCGAGCCGCGCCCGCCCCGUCCCUCCCGGGCCAGCCCCGCGCCACCACCCGGCGGGGUUCCGCCGGGACGGCCCCGCGGCGCCCCACGCCCCCUGCGGGACGCCCGGGGUCCCCUUGGGAAGCGCAACCACGAGCUGUGCCGCGCGAGAUGGCCGCCCACCUGGAGGGAGUUCGGGUCCCCGUCGACCCGCCGCUGCCUGGGUCCGCGGGGCGCUCGGCAGCCCCCCGUGCGCGGAGCCGGCGAGCAGAGCGCAGAGCACCGCCGAGACCAGCGCCGCCGAGAGCCGCCGGCCACACCCAGGCCCGCGCCGCCCAGCAGCCAACUCCGCGGCGCGCCGGGGCCGGGGCGGGGACGUGGCUCGAGGCGCGAGGCGCGAGGCGCGAGGCGCGCGGGCCCGCUGGGGACGCGCCGCGGCCACGCGCACAGCCUGGAGCGCGCGCCGCCCGGGCGGGAGACGGGGGGCGAGGGCGGCGGGCGCCGCGCGCAGCUUCUGCUUCCUAUUUUCUCUCUCGUUUCCUGCUAG